AUGUGGCAUCAGAAGAUCUUUGCCCAUCGCCACAUUUUUCACAACAGAACAGUUCCAGGUAGCCCUGAUUUUGAGUGUAUUUUGAAGUCUCCAAGCUGCCAUACCUUAAAGGCCCGUGUUGUGGCCUUGCCAUGUCGGUUUUGCUUAUUUCAAUCAGAAACGCAACAAGCCUUUUCUAGUCUUGCCAUUGGAUGCUCUGAACAAUUCUUGAACACAUUGUUUCCAGCCUUGGGUCUACUCUGGACUUUGUGA